AUGGAGCGACCAUCCACGCCACCCAGGGCGACGAGACCUGCGCCCGUUAUUAGUCCGCCUACCCCAGAAGUUACGAAGCGCAUAGAAGAAAACCGACUCCGCGCAAAGGCGAUUCGAGAUCAGCGUGAAGCAGAACAGCGAGCGACCGGCACCGUACCCGACAUACCCAAGAGCUCCGGUGGUUUCGUUCCAACAGAAGAUGUUUAUGUCUCCAAAACUGCUAACGGCAAGCGGCCGUACAAUGCCAUAUCGACAGCAGAAUCUCCAAAAGGAACGAAUCGAGAUGGACGCAAGAAAGGUGACGAGGAAUCACUACGGCCCGCACGCAAGUUCACAAAGUUCGUCGAUUACAACAUGAGCACCAUGACAGAUACGAAAGGUGGUUUCUUAUCGACGGAGGACGAUCCUAAUAAUUAUGCCCUUGGGGGCAAGAAGCCCGGACAAGGCGAGACCGACCAGAGACCGAAGCACAUGAGUGUUCAAGAGUGGGAGAGACUACAACUCAUACGGAACUUGAAGCGACUAAAGGCAGGGCCUUUUGAGCCGGGUCUCAGUGUGCUCGCCGAUGAUGAGACGAGAAAGAAGUGCCGGGAUUGCAAGAGCUUAGAGAUUGACUUUGUUUGGGAGGAGGUUUUUCAUCUCUGUGUCUGCAACAAGUGCAAGGAGAAAUAUCCGGAGAAGUACUCAUUGUUGACCAAGACUGAGUGCAAAGAAGAUUAUCUUCUAACAGAUCCGGAGCUACGAGAUCCCGAGCUGUUACCUCAUCUCUCCAAACCAAACCCCCACAAGUCUCACUGGCACGACAUGAUGCUCUUCCUCCGAUGCCAGGUAGAGGAAUACGCAAUCAAGACAAAAUGGGGCUCAGCAGAGGCAUUAGAUGAGGAGUACGAGAAGCGUGAAACACAAAAGAAAGCUCGCAAGGAGGCCAAGUUUAAGGAGAAGCUACUGGAUCUCAAGAAAAAGACACGAACAGAUGCUUUCCGCAGACAGGCUGGCAAUCUAAGCAAGUCCGGGGCGAACAAGUUUGGAGAUACAAUAGGUGGUGGAAAGCAUGUGCACGAGUGGGGAAGGACGGUCGAGAAUGAGGACGGUAUGACAGUUAAGACUUGUGUCGAUUGCGGUAUGGAGGUCGAGGAGAUGGAGUUUUGA